GAGGGUUGAUGCCAGGAGACGUGUCCGAGGGGCAACCGCGAGACAUGGCCCCAAUUCACCUCUUUUCUAUGCUCUGGCUGGCGGCCAUUGCUGGUGCUUUUGCCGGUGACACCUGCCCAGAUGUGCAGAUCGUGGGUCUGGCCGGAGAAGAGAAGCUGGCCAUCCUGAGGGGCUGUCCAGGGGUCCCUGGCCCAGUGGGGCCCCAAGGCGACCCAGGCGUCUCUGGCGCAAGAGGAGAAAAGGGUUCUGCAGGCUUUCCUGGGAAAAGUGGACCUCCCGGAUCCAAAGGAGACAAGGGUGAGCCAGGUGCCCACGGAGCAAAAGGAGAAAAGGGAGAGACGGGACCCCCGGGGAAAAUAGCACAGCAAGAGCUGAAUGAAGUCCAGUGUGGACAAGGUGCCAGAAACUGCAAAGACCUCUUGGCCAAAGGAGUAGUCCUGAGCGGAUGGUACACCGUCUACCCCCAGAACUGUCAGCCCCUGAUGGUGCUUUGCGACAUGGACACGGACGGAGGAGGAUGGGUCGUGUUCCAAAGGCGGGCGGAUGGUUCUGUGGAUUUUUACCGGGAUUGGAACACUUACAAAAGGGGCUUUGGAAGCCAGAUGACAGAGUUCUGGCUCGGAAAUGACCACCUCAGCCUCUUGACCUCUUUGGGAGAGAACGAGUUGCGCGUUGACCUCACUGAUUUCGACAACCAACACACAUUCGCCAAAUACACAGCCUUCAGGAUUUCGGGAGAAACGGAUCAGUACCGGCUGACGUUUGGGAGCUUCGUGGAAGGAACGGCAGGGGACUCUUUCUCCGGCCACAACAACAUGCCUUUCUCCACCAAAGACAAGCAACAGGACCCUGGGAACAACAAAUGCGCUGAGACGUACAAAGGCGCCUGGUGGUACAACGCCUGCCACAAUUCCAACCUCAAUGGGAUUUACUACCUGGGAGCCCACCAGUCCUUUGCUGAUGGAGUGAACUGGAGAACCGGCAAAGGGUACAACUAUUCCUACAAGCGUUCAGAGAUGAAGUUCAGGCCCUUGGUUUAGCCAUCUGCAAUGCUGGCCUUCGUUCUUAUGGGACACAAAUCCAGUUUCUUGGAUGGCACAGAGUUCAUCCACGCUCCCUUGUUUGUAGCCAUCUGACGCGGCGUAGAAAAGAGACGCGACCUUAGGAUGCGGAAAAGAAAGGCAAUUUUAUUCUUGAAAACAGGAUGACAUGUUUCGGCCUGGAAAUAUUUUUAUUGCUUCCUCCAGGGACUUUGAAAAGAAAAGGGGACAAUGUGAUUAUAUCAAGAGAUAUAAUCGGUUGUGCGUACAUGUAUCUUACAUGCGAAUCAACUCUAUGUGCAAUUGUGCAUGCAUCUUACUGAUUGCCUAUGAGUUGUCUUGAUUUAAAGUCCAUAUUAAUCAAAGUAAUA